AUGGCUGCCUCUGCACGAGCUCUUCGCCAGGCCAGCAGUAUCCUGCUACGGGACUGCGCGCCAAAAGCACGAGUGUCUCCGCGAGCCUUUUCGACCCGUUCUGCUCCUAUUGCAGUCCGCCAACACCUCCUGAGCCCUCGAGUACCUUCGUGGCAGCAAACCAGAAAGUUUACACGGUCGACAAAACGCUAUGCGGCUGUUGACACCGCUCCGCGUCCAGAGGCCUACCUCGAAAGCGGUGUCGUAGAGCCUGGGAAGAAUCUGGUUGGAGUAUCAAAAGUACUGGUGAUUGGAAGUGGUGGUCUUGCCAUUGGACAGGCGGGAGAGUUUGAUUACUCUGGCUCCCAGGCCCUGAAAGCGCUGAAAGAAGCCGGCGUCAAAUCCGUCCUCAUCAACCCUAACAUCGCAACCAUUCAGACCGAUCAUAAACUCGCCGACGAAGUCUACUAUCUCCCUGUCACACCAGAGUAUGUCACAUACGUGAUUGAAAGAGAAAAGCCCGAUGGUAUCCUCCUCACAUUUGGUGGCCAGACCGGUCUCAACCUGGGUGUCCAGAUGAACAAGAUGGGCAUAUUUGAGAGAUACGGCGUCAAGGUGUUGGGUACCAGUAUCCGGACGCUGGAGGUCAGCGAAGACCGUGAUCUCUUUGCUAAGGCUCUCAACGAAAUCAACAUUCCUAUCGCGCAGUCCAUUGCCGUUGGCACAGUGGAUGAGGCUCUCAAAGCUGCUGAAACCAUCGGCUACCCAAUCAUUGUGCGGUCCGCAUAUGCUCUAGGAGGUCUUGGGUCUGGUUUCGCAAAGGACCCGGAAGAAUUGAGCAAUUUGUCCUCACGAUCUUUGUCACUGUCACCUCAAAUCCUGGUCGAAAAAUCUCUCAAAGGCUGGAAAGAAGUCGAGUAUGAGGUGGUCCGUGAUGCAGAAGACAACUGUAUUACCGUGUGCAACAUGGAGAACUUCGACCCCUUGGGCAUUCACACAGGUGACAGUAUUGUGGUAGCUCCCAGUCAAACCCUCAGUGACGAAGAAUAUCACAUGCUUCGAUCAGCGGCUAUCAAAAUCGUCCGACAUCUUGGGGUCGUUGGUGAAUGCAACGUCCAAUACGCUCUUCAACCUGAUGGGCUCGAUUACCGUGUUAUCGAAGUCAAUGCUCGUCUCUCUCGAUCUUCCGCGCUGGCAUCCAAGGCAACGGGAUAUCCUCUUGCUUAUACUGCCGCAAAGAUUGGUCUGGGUCACACACUUCCAGAGUUGCCGAACGCUGUGACCAAGACAACCACUGCGAACUUCGAGCCAAGUCUGGAUUACGUUGUGGUCAAGAUCCCACGUUGGGACUUGGCAAAAUUCCAGCAUGUCAAGCGCGACAUUGGCAGCGCUAUGAAGUCAGUAGGAGAAGUCAUGGCUAUUGGACGUACUUUUGAGGAGUCGUUCCAGAAAGCUAUUCGACAAGUCGACCCCAGAUACGUGGGUUUCCAAGGUGACAAGUUCGACGACCUGGACGACGUUCUUCGCAAUCCCACCGACCGACGAUGGCUGGCCGUGGGUCAAGCUAUGAUCCAUGAGAACUACUCCGUGGACAAGAUCAAUGAUCUGACCAAAAUUGACAAAUGGUUUUUGUACAAGUUGCAGAACCUGAAGGACACUAUGACCGAGAUCCAGGAGAUUGGUUCUCUUUCCGGCAUCAAGCACGAACUCAUGAUCAAGGCGAAGAAGCAGGGCUUUUCCGACAAGCAAAUCGCCAUGUAUACCAAUUCGACCGAGGGCGAAGUUCGUGCUCGCCGUCAAGGUUUCGGUAUCAGACCGUGGGUCAAGAAGAUUGACACUUUGGCCGCCGAAUUUCCGGCCGACACCAACUAUCUUUACACCACCUACAACGCUUCGUCCCACGAUGUCAGCUUCGAAGACCAUGGCACCCUCAUUUUGGGGUCUGGUGUAUACAGAAUCGGUUCAUCAGUCGAAUUCGAUUGGUGUGCCGUUAACGCUACGCUGUCGCUGCGAGAGAUGAAUCAGAAGACUGUGAUGAUCAAUAUGUCGCCCUUGCAAUCUUGCACUGACUUCGACACCGCCGACAAACUCUACUUCGAAGAGCUCUCUUACGAACGCGUUAUGGACAUUUACGAACUGGAGGCUGCAACAGGUGUUGUGGUGAGCGUUGGCGGCCAACUCCCUCAAAACAUUGCACUACGACUGCAGGAAGAAGGCAAGGCGAAUGUCCUCGGCACAGAUCCUCAAGACAUCGACAAGGCUGAAGACCGUCACAAGUUCUCCCAAAUUCUUGACUCUAUCGGAGUAGAUCAACCAGCAUGGAAGGAACUUACCUCUGUUUCCGAUGCUGAAGCGUUUGCUGACGAAGUUGGCUACCCUGUCUUGGUUCGACCAUCUUAUGUUCUCUCUGGUGCAGCCAUGUCAGUCAUUACCAGCCAGGCAGAGUUGAAGGAUAAAUUAGAGUCCGCCUCUGCAGUCUCACCCGAUCAUCCUGUCGUCAUCACCAAGUUCAUCGAGGGUGCGCAGGAAAUCGAUGUCGACGCUGUGGCCUCCAAAGGAGAGCUGAUUCUGCACGCUGUCUCUGAGCACGUUGAGAACGCCGGUGUACACUCGGGUGACGCCACCUUGGUCCUGCCCCCAGUGAACCUCGACGCGCAGAUUAUGGCUCGUGUCAAGGAGAUCGCUCAAAAGGUUGCCAAAGCAUGGAGCAUUACCGGUCCCUUCAACAUGCAGAUCAUCAAGGCUGAUGUUGGUGGUGACGAGCCUGCCCUCAAGGUCAUUGAAUGUAACCUUCGAGCCUCGCGAUCCUUCCCCUUCGUCAGCAAAGUCCUUGGCGUCAACUUCAUUGAUGCUGCGACAAAGGCGCUGGCGGAUAAAAAUGUGCCUGCACCCCGGGAUCUUAUGGCCGAGAAGCGUGACUACCUCGCGACCAAGGUGCCUCAGUUUUCGUGGACUCGUUUGGCCGGAGCUGACCCGUUCUUGGGUGUCGAAAUGAGCAGCACGGGAGAGAUUGCAUGCUUUGGGAAAAACCUUAUUGAAGCAUACUGGGCGUCGCUGCAGUCGACCAUGAACUUCAGAAUGCCUGAACCAGGUGAGGGUAUACUCCUGGGUGGGUCGACCGAGCUGCCCGAACUGCCCAAGAUCGUGGAAUAUCUUGACCCACUGGGAUACAAGUUCCUUGCAGCAAGCGAGGAUGUGAAGAAACAUCUCGAGAAAGCAGGCACCUCUAUUGAAGUGAUUGAGUUCCCUAAGACCGACAAGAAUGAGCUACGAAAGGUAUUCCAGAAAUACAACAUCAGGGGAGUCUUCAACCUUGCCAAGAGCAGGGGCAAGACUCUGGUGGAUGAGGAUUACGUGAUGAGAAGGAAUGCUGUCGACUUUGGAGUUCCGCUGUUCAUGGAGCCCAAGACUGCGCUCCUCUUUGCCCAAUGCAUGAAUGCUAAACUACCUCGACAGGAAGGUAUUCCACCUGAGGUCCGAAGUUGGAGCGAAUUUGCUGGUGGAAAGAUGAUGUAA